AUGGCCCAGUUUGUGACCCACAUCCAGCCCACGCUGAUGGAGGCGUCCCAAGGUCAUGUGCCCCAUCACCACGGACAUCAGGUGGGUGUGCAGCACUCAUCGCAUCUGCCCCACAGUGGCCACAACAUGCCCUCGCCGCCCACCCACAAUCACCAAUCACAUGGCCACGGACAUGGUCAUCAUGCCACCAGCGGUGGUCAUCAUGGAGCAGCAAGUAGCCAUUCGCAGAAGCAAACAGCGCAUCAUACCACCACCUCCAGCCACGCCUCCAAGGGACAACACCACAGCCCGCCCUCGAGGAUACAUUCACCGCCGCCAGAGCACCAUGUGGAUCAUGUGGGUCACUACGAGUACUUCCAGCACCAGCACGAGCAGAUCUUCCACCAUGAAGGAGCAAACGGUGGUGCCAGCCACAAGCAGCAGACCCACCACCAUCCCAACAAGCACGAGCACUGCCCCACAGGACACCAGAGUGCGGUUUGA